GAUUUCUAAAAAUUAAAUAAAAUUUAUAAAUGGAUUUAAUAAACAAAAAAUCUAAGUUGGAUGAUGGUAUCCUGAGAGCCGAAGUUGAAAUAGAUUCCGUUAACGACGAUUUGAAUAGGCCGGGUCAGUCAGAUUCCUAUUACUCGGAUACUUCUUCAUCUAACUUUAAUAAAAAUAAAGCUACAAGCUGCGAUUUUACUGAAUCUUGGGACAAUACGGCCGUUAAUCAACAAAUUGUUGAUAAAUCUAUUUAUAAUAGUGAUUUAAACAAAAGUUUUGAAAACAAUGUUGAGCAGAGUUUAGAAAACAGUACAAAUAAUACUUUAGAAACUGGUACCGACUAUGUGAUGGAUUCUGUACCAAAGACUGAUUUAAAAUCUGAAUUGAAAAAUGAUUUAAAUAGCGUAGAGAACGAAAUAAUCGAAGAAUUAAAUAAUAAUGUAGAAAUAAUGGAACUUAUGGAAAAUAUCGAAAAUAAUGUCAAAUUUACUACCAGAACACGCUUCAAUUAUGAUCUAGAUGACAAGUUUAAUAUGGACCAUUUUUUGCAAAAUAGUUCCGACCCUAGUAAUGUUGACGAAGUCUUUGUUCCAAACUUAGAACAUGCAAUUGAUGACUACUUGUUAAAUACUAAAAGAGAUGUUUUUGAACCUAAACCAACAGAUUUUAGCCCUAAAUCACCAAAUCCCGAAUUAGAACUGGGGAGUUCCAUGAGUAAUUUAUCAAAUUGUGAAAAUGUAACUGAAGAAUUUUAUAAAUUUGAACUCGAGAAGAUGUGCAGAAUAAUAAAUGUUCUUAAGGAACAGUUAAACUUGAAAGACAAGGAGAUAUCAAAACUGUCUGACAAGGUUCACGAGUACAAUGCGUGGAAAUCGGAGCUUGAACCUAGUAAACAGGCCUCAGUAAUUCAGUAUAAGGCAGAAAAUGAUUCUGUCAUUGAAUUAAACUUUGCUAAACUCCAACUUUUAACAAAGGAAAAUGAAACCCUGGUACAACGUUUGAUGAAGAUGGAAGAAGAACAUAGAAUGAAGGAUGAUGAGUUGAAAGUAUUGCGUGAACGCAUAAUGGAGAAUGAAUUGGUCUCCAGCAAGUUUGACCGCGACUUAAAGUCGCUUGAACUCGACAAGCAAAUGCUCAAGAGCUCAAUUGAAGCUAUGGAGAAGAAGUUUAGGCAGAGGGAAGUGCAACUUAGACUAAACCUUGACAUGGAGUACCAGGGUCAACUAUCCAACGUUCUUAAGGAGAAGGAGGAACUCAUGGCACUUGUUGAUGAAAAGGACAAUGAAAUUGAAAAGUGUAAACAGCUUCUUAAAACUGCACAAGUUGAGUUUACACAACUAGUCAACUCCAUAUCAAAGAUGAGAGAAAUGUUAUCGAAGAAGAACCAAGAAAUAGAAAUGUAUAAAAAAAAUGUAUUAAAAUUAGAAACUAAGUUAAUAUCCAAUGACAAGAGCUCCGAAUUGAAGGUAUCUCUGGAAAAUCAAGCGAAGAUGAGAGAACAUAUUCGUCAGCUUGAGCGGAAGGUGGAGAUGAUUAAGGAGUCAUUUAAUGUACACUCUAGAUUAAAGGAGGAGAAUUUAUACCUUAAGGCCAAGGUCGACCAUUUGGAAAAGGGGACGACCACAGAAAUCAUAUCACAAAGUGUUCUCCAAUUAGGAAAUCAAAUCCUCCCACUAUCAUUAACUUCUUUUAAAAAUAACUAGUUUUUAAUCCUUUAAAAUAUAUUAGUAGUUUUUAU